AUGAUUACACCCAUUGUGGGGAAUGCUACUGUGAGGACAGAUUCUAGCCACACUACUGUUCUUGGAGGACCUAAAGGAAGUUCGGUUGGUGUCUCAUUUAUCAAUCAAAGUAAUGCAACAUUGAGUGACAGUGGUAUGGCUUUUGAAGAGGUUGGCAUAUCAAGUAGAUGUGUAGGUAGAGGUGGUGUCUUUGUUAGGACUUCUAGCACAACUUCUACUACCAUUGAGCAAGAUGUUCCUGCAGCUAGUAAUGUACAUGACAUUGAAAAAGGAGGAGAUGAAGUGAAAGAUGCUGACACAUCAAAUGAUGAUUACAUGGCAGGAGAAUCAGAUGAAAUGUCUGAUAGUACAAGUAAAGAUGAUUUAGGAUUUGAAGAAGAAGGAAAUGAGGACAUAAGAGAGCAGAAAAGUAAUGAAACAACAAGUACAGAAUGUGAGUCUGAAAAGGGAGAGAACAUGUUUGACAUAGAUGGUGUUGUAGACCAACACAUUGUACUGAGUGUUGGUCAAGAGUUUAUAAAUGUUAAUCAGUUUAGAGAUGUGUUGAUGGAAUAUGAAAUUCAAGAAGAAAUUCAGAUUUUGAAGAAUAAAAAUGAUAAGAAUAGAGUUACUGGAAUUUGCAAUGGUAGAGGGUGUUUAUGGAGGAUUCAUGCAUCACCUAAUAGUAAUGGGAUCACCUUUGUAAUCAAGACACUUAAUCCCAAUCACAUAUGUCAGAGACUUAGUAUAAAAAAGGAGGGUGUAACUGCAGCAUGGAUAGCAAAGAAAUUGACUUCCAAUGUUAAGGUAGAUUCACAUAUGAACAUCAAUGUAAUGGAAGAGUAUCUUUCAGAAAAGUAUGGUGUGAAAGCUAAUAAGACUAAGUUGUACAGGGCUAAAUGUAUUGUCAAUGAAGAAACUGAUGGCAGUCAUGCAAGGGCAUACAAGAAGUUAGAAAAUUAUGGGCUUAUGGUUAAGGAAAGAAACCCUGGGACAGAAUUUGUGAUUGAAUACCAGAAUGCAAAUAGAUAUGGACAAGAGCAGCAUAGAGCGCUAUUAGUAAAUCCACAAUUCAAGCGACUGUUUAUAUGCUUUGAUGCAUGUAAGCAAGGCUUCUUGAAGGGAUGUAGGCCAUUCAUUGGCCUUGAUGGUUGUCAUCUAAAGGGAGUAUAUGGUGGAGUAUUGGUUUCAGCAAUUGCAAUUGAUGGGAACAAUGGAAUGUUUUCCCUUGCAUAUGGUGUAGUUGAAACAGAGUGUAAAGAUAGUUGGUUAUUCUUUCUUCAUCACUUGCUUGGAUGCAUAGGGACAGUCACACCUGCUGGGGAACCAUUUACAUUCAUGACAGACAAACAGAAAGGUCUGAUUGAAGCAAUUGGAAUCAAGUUCCCAGUAGCACAUCAUAGGCACUGUAGUAGACAUCUGUAUAAUAAUUUCAAGACACAGUUUAGAGGUGGGCUUGCAUUGAGGGGAUAUUUUUGGAGAGCAAGUAAAUCAUAUAAUGCUACGGGUUUUCAAAGGGCUAUGAAUGCCAUGAAAGAGGAGAAGCCCGAAGCAUAUGAGUGGUUGAUGAAGACUCCUAAAGAUGUCAGGUAUUGUCAUGCAGUGUAUGCUGGAGCAGAUGAAUUUGAGGUGCAAGAUGGUCUGAAUAGUUAUGUGGUUAACCUAAGAAGCAAGAGCUAUGACUGUGGAGUCUGGGUAGCAACUGGUUUGCCAUUCUUACACUUCUCAGACGCAGAGAGCGAGCGGGAGAUCGAGACAGCGAGAUGUGUGGAAGAGCGUGGUGUACAUAUAAAAUGGCCUCAGUACUCUUUCAGUUAUCGCCCAUCUUACAAUGUUUCACCUACGGCGUAUAUGCCUGUUGUUCGGAGAGAAGAUGGAACUAGUGGUGAAGGUGCUGUCCUUCACAGCAUGAAGUGGGGACUGAUUUCCAGUUUCACCAAGAAAACUGAGAAGCCUGAUCACUUUAAGAUGAUAUUUGAGCUUCACUUGAGCAGUAUUAGGUUUAAAAAUAAGAUUAAGAAGCCAUAA